AAAUUACAAAAGCCACUACUCUAUCACAGAUAUUACUAUUCAACUUCAAAAUAGUUAUUAUGACAAAAUAUUAUCAAUCAUCCAAAUUUUUCUGUUUAAUAAUGAAAGAAAAUUUUCAUUUGGUUCGAUACGUUUAUUAACUAGUAUCACAAUGGCAGAUAUAAAUUGGUACCAAUCCAAUGGGAAAUGUUCUGAGGGAUCUUCUAGCAAGAGUGAAAGAAUUAUUUCCUUAUAUUCUUUGGCUGAUGUACAGCUACGAUUUUUGUGCCCUGAAGAUUUGGAUGAGGUGAGAGCCCUGUGUCAAGAAUGGUUUCCCAUUGAGUACCCUUUUUAUUGGUAUGAACAGAUUACUUCUACUAGUGGUAAAUUUUACUCAUUGGCUGCCGUCUACAACCAUCAAAUAAUCGGUUUGAUCGUUGCAAAAAUCAAAGCGUACGAAAAUUUAAAUGACGAAGACAAGGGAAUUUUGGCAAAAUCUCUGUCCGAUUCCGAAAUAGCGUACAUUCUGUCGCUAGGAGUACUCAAAGAAUACCGAAGGAAUGGUAUAGCCUCAUUGCUACUUGACUCUUUACUGAAACAACUCGUAACUCCGGAAAGGCGAAGAGUCAAAGCGGUUUUUCUACACGUAUUGACAACGAAUUCGGCUGCCAUUAUGUUUUACGAACAGAAAAAAUUUAGGUUACAUAGAUUUCUACCAUAUUACUAUUCUAUCAAAGGAAAAUGUAAAGAUGGAUUUAUGUAUGUUUUAUAUAUAAAUGGAGGCCAUCCACCUUGGACGAUAUAAUAUCCUUUUUCAAAAAACCUUUAUGCUAUACAUUUCUAGUCAACAUAACUUUAUUACUUAUUACAUUGUAUAUAAUUGAGUUGAAUAUAAUAUUUUUAAACC